CAGCCUAACACACCAUCAUCACCACCACCACCUGUGAACCUUCCAGUGUGCUCGCUGUCUUCCCCAUUCCGGGACACGAGGCCAUCAGGAAUCAUGAGCAACCCAUUUGCACACCUUGCUGAGCCUUUGGAUCCUGCACAACCAGGAAAAAAAUUCUUCAAUUUGAAUAAAUUGAAGGAUUCAAGAUAUGGACGCUUACCGUUUUCUAUCAGAGUUCUCCUGGAGGCAGCCGUUCGGAACUGUGAUCAAUUUUUGGUGAAGAAAAAUGACAUUGAAAAUAUCCUAAAUUGGAAUGUCACACAGCAUAAGAACAUAGAAGUACCAUUUAAGCCUGCCCGUGUCAUCCUGCAGGACUUUACGGGUGUGCCAGCUGUGGUUGACUUUGCUGCCAUGCGUGAUGCCGUGAAAAAGUUAGGAGGAGACCCAGAGAAAAUAAACCCUGUCUGUCCUGCUGAUCUUGUAAUUGAUCAUUCCAUCCAGGUUGACUUCAACAGAAGGGCAGACAGUUUACAGAAGAAUCAAGACUUGGAAUUUGAAAGAAAUAGAGAACGAUUUGAAUUUUUAAAGUGGGGUUCUCAGGCUUUUCACAACAUGCGGAUUAUUCCCCCUGGCUCAGGAAUCAUCCACCAGGUGAAUUUGGAGUAUUUGGCAAGAGUGGUAUUUGAUCAGGAUGGAUAUUAUUACCCAGACAGCCUUGUGGGCACGGAUUCGCACACGACCAUGAUUGAUGGUUUGGGCAUUCUCGGUUGGGGUGUGGGUGGUAUCGAAGCAGAAGCCGUCAUGCUGGGCCAGCCAAUCAGCAUGGUGCUGCCCCAAGUGAUUGGCUACAGGCUGGUGGGAAAUCCCCACCCUCUGGUCACGUCCACUGACAUCGUGCUCACCAUUACCAAGCACCUCCGCCAGGUCGGGGUAGUGGGCAAAUUUGUUGAGUUCUUCGGGCCAGGAGUAGCCCAGUUGUCCAUUGCUGACCGAGCUACCAUUGCCAACAUGUGUCCAGAGUACGGAGCAACUGCUGCCUUUUUCCCGGUUGAUGAAAUUAGUAUCAAGUACCUGGUGCAGACGGGUCGUGAUGAAAAAAAGAUAAAGCAUAUUAAAAAGUACCUUCAGGCUGUGGGGAUGUUUCGGGAUUUCAGUGACCCCUCUCAAGACCCAGACUUUGCCCAGAUUGUGGACUUAGAUUUGAAAACAGUAGUGCCAUGUUGCAGUGGACCCAAAAGGCCUCAGGACAAAGUCGCCGUGUCUGACAUGAAGAAGGACUUCGAGAGCUGCCUUGGAGCCAAGCAAGGGUUUAAAGGAUUCCAGGUUGCUCUGGAGCAUCAUAACGACCAUCAGACGUUUAUCUAUAAUAAUUGUGAGUUCAGCCUUGCACACGGUUCCGUAGUGAUUGCUGCCAUUACCAGCUGCACAAACACCAGUAAUCCGUCUGUGAUGUUGGGAGCCGGGCUGUUAGCAAAGAAAGCUGUGGAUGCUGGCCUGAGCGUGAAGCCUUACGUCAAAACCAGCCUGUCUCCUGGAAGUGGGGUGGUCACCUACUACCUCCGAGAAAGUGGCGUCAUGCCUUAUCUGUCUGAGCUUGGGUUUGAUGUGGUGGGCUAUGGCUGUAUGACCUGCAUUGGCAACAGUGGUCCCUUACCUGAGCCUGUGGUAGAAGCCAUCACGAAGGGGGACCUUGUAGCUGUUGGAGUUCUAUCUGGGAACAGGAAUUUUGAAGGUCGAGUCCACCCCAAUACCCGGGCCAACUAUUUAGCCUCUCCGCCCUUAGUAAUAGCAUACGCCAUUGCCGGGACCAUCAGGAUCGACUUUGAGAAAGAGCCAUUGGGGGUAAAUGCAAAGGGACAACAGGUAUUUCUGAAAGAUAUCUGGCCAACUAGAGACGAGAUCCAGGCGGUGGAGCGUCAGUACGUCAUCCCUGGGAUGUUUAAGGAGGUCUAUCAGAAAAUAGAGACUGUGAAUGAAAGCUGGAAUACCUUAGCAGCCCCAUCAGAUAAGCUGUAUUACUGGAAUCCCAAAUCUACGUACAUUAAAUCACCACCAUUCUUUGAAAACCUGACUUUGGAUCUUCAGCCCCCUAAGUCUAUAGUGGAUGCCUACGUGCUGUUAAAUUUGGGAGAUUCAGUAACAACAGACCACAUCUCUCCAGCUGGAAAUAUCGCACGGAACAGCCCCGCUGCUCGCUACUUAACUAACAGAGGCCUGACUCCACGAGAAUUCAACUCCUACGGCUCCCGCCGGGGUAAUGACGCCAUCAUGGCGCGCGGGACAUUUGCCAACAUUCGCUUAUUAAACAAGUUUUUGAACAAGCAGGCACCACAGACUAUACAUCUGCCUUCCGGAGAAAUUCUUGAUGUGUUCGAUGCUGCUGAGCGGUACCAGCAGGCAGGUCUUCCUCUGAUCAUUCUGGCUGGCAAAGAGUACGGCUCGGGCAGCUCCCGAGACUGGGCGGCCAAGGGCCCUUUCCUCCUGGGGAUCAAAGCUGUACUGGCUGAGAGCUACGAGCGCAUUCACCGCAGUAACCUGGUCGGCAUGGGGGUGAUCCCGCUCGAGUAUCUCCCUGGGGAGACCGCUGACACCCUGGGACUCACCGGGCAGGAGCGAUACACUGUCAGCAUUCCAGAAAACCUCAAACCACGAAUGAAAGUCCAGGUCAAGCUGGAUACCGGGAAGACCUUCCAGGCCGUCAUGAGGUUUGACACCGACGUGGAGCUCACUUACUUCCACAACGGGGGCAUCCUCAACUACAUGAUCCGCAGGAUGGCCAAGUAGGCCCUCGCUUCUUAGGAGCCCUGCACUCCGAGCUCUGCCAGGGAGAGCGCGGCGCCCCCAGCCGGCGGGGCCCGGGUGCAGAAGCGUCCCUCCUGCCUCCCUCAGGGUGCUGCCUCACAGAUGAGCGCCCGAGCACUGGGGUGCUGGUGCCAGGCCUCCAGGCGCAAAAUCAGCAGUUUCUACCUUCGCUAUCUCUGUUAAUCUUUUUAUCUUUUUCUAGAAUUUGAAGCUAGAAUGGUGGGAAUGUCAGUAGUGCAGGAAGAGAGAACUGAGCUCGUCUUUAAAGUUACUGAUCACAGAACGAUGAUUUGUCACUCUCACCUGGUAAUGUUCAGCUGAACACAAAUGAGUCGUCUCAGAAGGGGUCUCCCGCCCUUCUUUAGUUCCCCUCUGUUCUCCUCUCCUCCUCUGCUUUCCCUGGGGGUCACUGGCCUUUGCAUCUUAUACCAGUGUUAACUGACAGUGGUAGAGAAGAACUUUCUACACUUCAAAUCAGUGUGUCAACUCCCCCUUUUUCUUCAGAGUGAAUGAUUCUGACACCUCGUGGACAGGUCAAAUGCUGAUAUUUUUUAGUUAUGUACCUUUUGAUAGAUCAACAGUAAAGAAAUGUGAAGUUUUCUUGCACUAUCUAUCUUGAAAAAUUUUCCCAGAAAAUUCUUCAUUGGUCAAGAGGAGGACUUUGGAGGUGAACAUUUCUAAUUUGAAUAAGAUUAAAUCUAUUUUCAAGGAA